UGCAAAAUACGGAUGAAUCACUGGAUAUUGGGUCCUUCGGCUAUAUACAUAUUGCAGAUUGGGAAAGGAAAUAAUUAUAACUUGCAAUGGUUGGCCGAGAUAUAACGCCAACGGAAAUAGGAAAGCAUUCCAAACUAAUAAGAAUGGCGCAAGAUGAAAUGGCCUCCAUGGAUGUUCUAGUAUGCGGCCGUUGCCUCAACGUAUAUCACUUCAUUGAAGAUUUUGAUGACCAUAAACAGAAGCCAUGCCACAAAGAAAAUACNAAUGUGCGUGAAUGUAAUGACACUAAACCAAAAAUUUGGGCAUUCUUACUGUGGAAGGCAACACAACUACAUAACAUUAGAGACUCAAAUACGGCUAGUCCCAAUUCAUGGGCUCUAUAUCAAACCUGGGUAAAAAUGGAUGAAAGUUUACGAGAAACAUGGAUUGUUGCAGGCAAAACUAUUCAAUCGUUCGCCAAAGUAGGUCAAGGCGGCCUACAGGAGAUGCCUGUGAAAAUAACUAAAACAGUUGUUAAUAACACAAGUGAAAAUGUGUCACCUGGACGUAAACUUCCAGCGCAAACUAAGCCUCAAGUAACAAAUUUGAAACCGCCCAUUAAAGUCAAUGAUGCCAAUAAAGAUGUGGAAAGUGAUUCUUCCCAUAAAGCAACCACACCUUUCCAAAAAGUUGUAAAAAAACCGGUGACCAUACGCAGUGACCCUGUAGGAGGUGUAACACAAAACAAGCUGCCCAUUGCAAACGUCUUGAAAGCUUCAAGCCGUCGUGCCAAGCGCACUGUUCCCAACUCAGAUGAAGUCAUUGAGGAGAAUGUUGAAAAAAUAGUUGCAAAGCGUUUUAACCCGAGACGCAAAAUGCAUGAGUAUUUGGUUAAAUGGGAAGCUCGCACACAUGAACAAAAUACUUGGGAACCAUCAUCACACUUGGAAAAUGUCCCUCACCUUUUGGAGACAUUUGAAACGCAGUUGGCUCGACAAAAAGAGACACGAGCAGCAUUACAAGCUAAACAAGCUGCACAAUUAGCAGCAUCUGGUAAAAAUACUGAAAACAAAUCAAUUGAACCCACAAAAAAAGUCGAAAGCAGUGCCUUGACUAAACUUGGCACUGGUAUAAUAAAACUACAAAGUGUUACCAGUAGUAACAAUGAUGUCGGCGAUAGUAACAAAUCAACUGUAUCAACAGAUGUUUCCCCAAGGCCAUCACGUACAUCCAAAACCAAGGCAAUGGACCAAGUUAAACAAUGGGUUUCGGGAAGUAAUCAAUCACGUGCAGCUUCGCCCACAGGCAGCGAUGUCGCCGGAAGUGGCAACAACUCACAAGACGGUGAAAGAGAUUGGUCUAUGAAUACCAGCAAUAGCUCAGCAGCCGGUGGAACGGCUGGUUUAAAGCGCAAAUUAGAAGAUUCAGAUUUUAAUGAUUCCAACGCUAGCGAUUUGCCUAGUACUACAGCAACAAUAGAAGAUUUAGAAGAGGAUUUAAUUCCUUCGCAUACAGUAAAACGGAUGAAGAACGGGAAUGCGAUAUCAAUCGAGUCCAAAGUGGUUAAGGUGAAUGGAACAAGCAGUACCCGAACCCCCGCUACAGUUAGCGGUGAGUCAUUGCCAGUUGGACCAAAUUCAGCAGAAGUCAUUAUCACGCAAGACAUUAAUGCUUCCGGUGUAGUAAAGAAGCCUGGCUUCAAUAGCAAUGGUCGCAAUACCACUCUAAAAAAUGAGGCACAGAUUCGAAUACUAUCAAAGGGAGAGUCUGCUGUUUCCAGCACAGGUGUAGUGCGAGUCGGAGGUGGCGGGGUUAGUGAUAGUGGUAGCGAAUCCAAAUUGGCAACAUCGGCAGUUACAGCUGGACGAACACCUAUUCGUGUAGGAGCCGGUGGUACCACCACUGUUGGUAAUACGCAAAUUAACACAAUUUCUCGGCAACAGGUCCAACGUACAUCUGUAGGCACUACAUUGCAACGAAAGAUAGUUACGGCUAGCGGUAUUACACAGCACCAACGGGGGGGUGUAUCAAUGCAAGUGCGUACUGGUGCUGUGGCCAACGCAACUGGUUCAUCAGUCCAACCGCAUUCUUCCCCUACAUCCGGACGUAUGAUAAUACCUCGUCAAGGUAACGCCGGGCAUGUUACGCGUCCGGCAACUAGCACUACCACAAAGACUGUAACACCUGAACAAAAAAUUCUCCAGCUUUCAAAGUCUGGCGAUUUAAAAGUUACUAAAAAGGUUAUGACUCGAGAGGAUGCCAUUGCGCAGCGUAUGAGCUUAAGGCAGCAACAAUCACAAAUUCAAAUUCAGAAAGUUCAGCAGAUCACACCUCCGACCGGAGGAGGACGCACAGCACAAGUAAGUGCGGUAAGUGUGCGUAAGCAACCAGAUGGUACAUAUGCACAUGAGGAACAGCACCAAGCACAAUUAUGCCCUAUAACCGGUAAAAUUUUGGGACAGGAUGAUCAAGUGAUGUCUCAGCAGCACAUGCAAAGCGGAGUCAUGCAUACUCAAUUGAUUACAGGAGCUGGAGGUGAACAACAAUUGACACUGCAACAAGAUCAUCAUCAACAACAAUUGCACGACAUCGAUCCCACUCUGCUCUUAACCAGUGAUCAACAAAUGCUCACCAAUGAAGAUGGUACUCCGUUGUUAGUUACUGGCGAAGAUGGCACCGUAUACCAAGUGGCAGGUAAAAAUGCCGAGGGACAAACUAUACUUGUGACCCAGGGUCCUGAUGGCGAACAACAAUUUGCCUACGUCGCUGCUGCCGAUGGUGAUGAAAAUCAAGUGCUCACCCUUGAUAAUGCCGUUGCAGAAGCAGUAUCACAAAAUCCUGGUGAACUGCAAUCCGAAUCCAUGGCUGAGCCCCAAUAUAUUGUCAAAACCACAAAAGAAGAUGGCACCACACAGGUAGUUACCAUGAGUGAGGCAGAAUUACAACAGCAUCAGGCCUUAGCGGCAGCCCAGCAACAUCAACAAACAGACACCGGUAGUGGAGCUGUCGCAGUAACAGCCAGUGGUGGUUCCACUGGCCAGCUCUGUAUCCAAACAUCUGACGGCGCCGAUGGCCAGGAAGCGAACAUACCUGCUGAAGUGAUACAGGCUGGUAUGCCCUCUCCCGGCGGUACACGGCGGGUGGUAUUGUUAUUGCAAGACGGUACUUACAUGAUGACUGAGAUGCAUGAUGAUGAAUUUAAAGCACUCAAUAUAGCCGCAUAAAAGCUCAGCUGCAUUGGGUAAAGAAUUGUAACAUUGAAAUGUGUUGUCAGACAGCAGUAAUUAAAAUGUUAACGGUAAUAUGCAUCAUUCAAUAUGUAUCUGCACAUCGUUGUAGCAAACCUAUAAAGUAGAUUAUUAAAGUUAGAUUUAGUAUUUACUGCUAAAUAUAUAAAAAGUAAAUAUAUCGAACAACGUUAAAUAUGCACAUUUCAAAGCCGCGUUUUACUUUAAAGUUUGUUGUAAAUUUUUUAAAUGUAUUCUACAUAUUAUUUGCCCGAUAAGUUUUGUUAUGUUUAUGUAACAAACAUAGUGUUUUUUACAAUAAUUUUUUAUGGAUUUAAUUCGUAAAAAAUAGAUCGUUCAUAAAAUUUGUUGAUUUUGUGAAUUAUGAUUUAAAUAUGUAUGCUUAUCGGCUUUUUAAAGAUGUGCAUGUAGGUAAUACGUUUAAUUUGCAUUAAUACAAUUAUAAACAUUUUUAUUGUAUGUUUAUGGAUAAGUAUUUCAUUAUACAAAAUAUGAGCAUACGUAACGAAAAAGUAAAUAUCAACGCAAAUUUGAGCAAAAAUAAAGAAAUUUGAGCAAAUACAAAGUUU